UGUUUUAUAUUUCGAUAUUCCCGCUACUGUUUGAUGUGCCAGGAAGAACUGGCUUUAUUGACGAUCACGAUUCCCUCAUAUCCUGCUACGCAUAAAGGAAAUAUCACACCGCACGAUAUUUGCAACAUGCUUCUGCUUUGCGCCGACGCAUAGUAGGACUGUCGAUUCCCGUUCUCAAGAUCAUCGCCUGGCAAAGUAUCACACCGGAAUCUUUGUGACUAGACACGGACAGCUUGACGCCCAAACAGCGCGGUAAAAGGUGUUAUAAGACCCUGAUCCCCUUGUGCUAGGACGCUUAUUCAUACUUCCGGCCACCUCUUUAAACUGAACCACGACUACCUUUACUACCCUUGACCCGAAGAGAUGGAUCCAGGACAACUACAUCCACCAUACCCACCGCCUCCGUACACUAGUCGACCAACCACCCCCGGUCUCGAGGUUGAUGACUUCCACGAUAAUACCCCCGGCCCUUCCUCCUCUGCAGCUCCAAACAACACACGUAGCGGUGCGGCAUUCCACCCGCAAAGGCAAUAUAUACCUCUGCAAAACCUCCCUUCGCAUUCCCACAAUGCGCCCAAUAACAUCGCUGAGAACGAAGAUUCAAUCCCCGCCCAUAUCCUUGCUGAGUCCAGAGAGUUGGCAGAGCUCCAUCGGAUGGCUUUGGAUUUAACGAUUGGAAAUGGCGGUGCCGACAAUGGCUAUGGAUCGCCGUAUCCUGAUUUCGAGGACCCAGAUGGUCAAGCCACCCACGGCGAUGCAUCAUCGGGAUAUGAAGAUUUUGUCGAGCCGGAUGGACAGCCCCUCCCCUCAGCCCAAACAAGUAUCCACGGUGGAGGAAACACACAAGAUAAUGUUUCUGUAGUCAGUGUCGGAGCUAGCCAUGGACCGGCUGCCGGGGUUGUAAAUGCUUCCGCCGCUGCGCAAGCUACACAACCAGUGAUACAGCCACAGCCAUUUGUACAUUCAUUUAUACCGUCAGCUAUACGACCAGCACCAGUUCAAAAUCCGAACUAUGUCCCCCCGUACGGUCCGUAUCCAUUUCCUACUGUCCAUCAGAUAUACGUGGGCAGCCCGGCGCCGGUACUCCCCAAUGCAGGUGGAGGAGGUGCUAAUCAAGGUGCGAAUAAUGUCGUUCCGGCACAGGCAAAUGUCGCACAGCCUACGAAUAAUCCGCCAGCUACCGUCCCACCGUCUAACACCACUUACAGACGCUUCAACCGCCCCAAACGCUCCAAAUCUCGCCGAUAACGCAAGUGCUUCAACAGGCAAUCCACACGCGGGUGAAGAGUAUGAGGACUGGGCUGACCCCGCCGGACCACCGCCAAGUACCAACAACAACAAUACUGUCAAUGCCGGAACCACGGCUCCCAGAGUUCUACAAACUUUUAAUCAGCCGGCGGACUCCUGCGGAGAAACUCGCCAAUGGUAGUGGUACUGCUAAUAGACCAGACCAACCUGUUCUGCCAUAUGUGUCCUCACCUACUGGUAGUGGUGUCUCGUUGAUAUCCCCGUAGCGGCGGCUGUGGUGGACGGGACGGUGACGAUGAGAAGGAAAAUGUGAGAUUGUGAUUAGGAGCAGUGGCGUUGAUAGUAUUUUGUGUUGGCACUCCUCUUCUUGGGUUCAUAUAAUUGUAGACUAGGUAGUAGACGGUUUCUACAUAGCAGCACUAAAUAAGUUAAUCUCAUUAGUUUUUGGUAGAUG